UCUUUUCUAAAGCGACAUGGUCUCUUCCCCCAAACCAAAAAUGGCUGCCGUCAUCGCACUCGACUCGACGAAUUUUGUCCAUCACUUCCUUGUUAUUCUCCUGCUUCUGAUAAUCCCUUGGGCAGCUCCUUUAUCUUUCGAUUUCCCCACUUUCCAACAAAGUGAUCUUACCAACGGUACUGGAUUAUUAAUUACUGAGGCAGACGCUGUUAUCGCCAACCAAUUCAUUCGCCUCACCAAAGACUUGGAUGGGGAAAAAACUAAUGGAAGUGUCGGCCGAGCUACCUACGGCGAACCCUUCCUCCUCCGGGACAAAGCUACUGGAAAACUUGCCGAUUUCAACACAAGUUUCACAUUCAGAUUUUAUGCCAGAAACUUCACCGCCCUCUUUUAUGACCAGGGGCUUGCUUUCUUCUUAGCGCCAAACGGAUCCUUAGUCAACCGAGCACUUGGAGUCGGUGGCAGUAUGAGCGUCCCUGCCAACAGCUCAGUGGAAAAUGCUACAGAGCCAAGCAAUGAGUACCCGUUUGUGGCGGUGGAGUUUGAUACCUCCCGGAAUUCAAGGCCAACGAUGGAGGAUCCAGGCAGUGGUCACGUGGGGAUUGACAUCAACUCUGUCAAGUCUAGUAUUACCAAGCCUUGGAAUAGUGGUAUUGUGAAAGGAAAACUUAAUCGUGUUUGGAUUAGUUAUAAUUCGAGCUCAAAAAAUAUUAGUGUUUCCCUCACCACUUAUGCGAAUGAUACCCGAAGGCAAGUGAUUACUUCUCUCAGUUAUUUGGUUGAUCUGAAUGAAUACUUGCCGGAUUGGGUCGUCGUCGGGUUUUCUGCUUCAACGGGUGCUGCUCCUGCUCUGAUUGACAUCAUGUCAUGGAAUUUCACUUCUACUUCGCUGGUAGGUGAUGGAUCCCUUGCUCUUUCCAACCAAGAAAAGAAAGGUCAAUCUCUAGUGCCUUCAGCCCAAACGAUAAAAGAUGAAUCUCUAGUUCCUGAGCCAAGCCCUAGAUCUAAUGUCAAGUCAAGAAGACGGAAGAAACGAAUGGGAGUCGUGAUCAGUAGUACUAUUGGUGGGUUUAUCUUGGCUUGUAUUUUAGCUUUGGGUUUGUAUAACUCGUGCAAGAAAAGAGCAACAGGAGGAAGGGCUGAUAUAGACCUUACGAUUCCUAAUGAAUUGGGUGAACAGUUCUCCGAUAAGAUAUUUAGUUAUAAAGAGUUGGCUAGGGCGACGAGGAACUUUUCUGAUGGAGAAUUGCUUGGAGUUGGAAGACAUGGUGCCUUUUACAAAGGCUACAUAGAAGAGUUGAAGACAUAUGUUGCUGUGAAGAAGAUAACAAGAAGAUCCGAACUGGUGCCCAAAGAGUCCGAACUAGUGCCCAAAGAGUAUGCAUCAGAAGUAAGGAUUAUCCGUGAACUUCAUCAUCGGAAUCUGGUGCAACUCGUUGGUUGGUGCCACAAAAAAGGAGAACUCCUACUUGUCUAUGAGUUCAUGCCUAACGGAAGCUUAGACAAUCAUUUAUUCAAAGAACAGAUCUCGUUAGUUUGGGAGGUUAGAUACAAAAUUGCUCAUGGCUUGGCUUCCGGGUUGCUCUAUUUACACGAAGAUUGUGGGCAAUGUUUGCUCCAUCGGGGGAUAGCAUCCAGCAACGUUAUGUUGGAUUCGAAUUUCAAUGCUAAACUUGGGGAUUUUAGAUUAGCUUGGCAUCUAUAUGAAAAACACUCGGACAGUAUGCCAUUAGCUCCAGAGUAUGCUGCCACACAGAGAGUUGCCAAGGAAUUUGACGUCUACAGCUUCGGAGUUGUUGCUUUGGAGAUUUCCUGUGGGAGAAAGGCCAUCGAACCAAGGUUGGCAAGUGGUCGAGUCAAUAUAAUUGAGUGGGUUUCGGAGCUUUAUGGACAAGGGAAGAUCAUCGAAGCAGCUGACCCGAAGUUGUGUGGAUUUGAUGGAAAACAAAUUGAGUGCUUGUUGAAAGUCGGGCUGUGGUGUGCUCAUCCAGAUUACAGUUCCAGACCUUCAAUGCGACAAGUGAUCCAAGUGCUUAACUGUGAAGUCGAAGUUCCGUUGCUCAUUCUCCCAUUAAGGACGCCAAUGUCCACCUCUCCUCCUGACAUAUCACUCUCAUCGUCGUCUAGUUCUAUCACCAGUUUUCAAGAAAACAGUGGGUCCUCAGGCCAUGGAGAUAUGGAUAACACCAAUUCCUUGGAUCCUGAACGUGUCGUUGAGAGCUUGGACCCUUCAGAACCUGUCACUGUGGUCUUACACCCAGAGUCGAAUAUUGCUACACACCGAUCAAGGACGCCAAUGACUACCUCUCCGGACAUACCACUCUCAGCGUCGUCUAUUUCUACCCCCCGUAUUGAGAGAAAAAAAGGGGUCCUCAAGCAUUUGUUCAAGAAAGUCCUCGGGAUGUCGUUGUGAUCUUAGACCCAGCGGCGUCUAGUACUCUCAUCUGUUAGAGAUAUUAAGUCAAUAGGUCAGAUGAUGACAAGUGUCAAAGGAUUAAGAGUAGUUGUUAGUUUUUAGUCUGAUGUGUUUGUUGUAUAAAUACUCAUUAACAGUGUUGCUUACAUAUCAAGAAAUACAUUUGAUACAAUUUUACUUC